CCAUCGGAAUCUUCAGAUAAUUAACAACUGAAUAGAUAUGAAAUUAAACUGAACUGAUAGGAGCUAUCAUACACUGUACUGACAUUUUAACUUUUCUUCACUAUCCCUGGAUUUAUUUUUGCCUUGAAAAAUGAAGUUUGUCAGAUUCUUGAUGAAGAACGCGGCUUUGGCCAACGUGCCAAAGCAUAUUGACCAUUUCUCCAAAUUCUCACCAUCACCUUUGUCAAUGAAACAAUUCUUGGAUUUCGGUUCUAUUAAUGCCUGCGAGAAGACAUCUUUCGCCUUCCUUAGACAAGAACUCCCCGUACGGUUGUCCAACAUCAUGAAAGAACUCAACCUUUUACCGGACCGGUUGCUGACCACACCAUCCGUGCAACUCGUGCAAAGCUGGUACGUCCAAAGCCUUAUGGAGAUCUUGGACUUCCUUGACAAGAGCCCGGAUGACCACAGUGUCUUGCAAUCGUUUGUUGAGUCUCUGGAGACGAUCAGGAAUAGACACAACAACGUGGUGCCAACCAUGGCCCAGGGGAUCAUCGAGUACAAAGACACUUUCGGACAUGAUCUUAUGACCAGCCAGAACAUCCAGUAUUUCCUGGAUCGGUUCUACACGAGUCGCAUCUCCAUCCGCAUGCUCAUCAACCAACACACUCUUGUUUUUGAUGGCAACACCAACCCAGCCCACCCCAACACCAUUGGUUGCAUAGACGCCCUGUGUGAUGUCAAUGAGGUGAUUCGAGAUGCGUUUGAGAGUGCCAAGAUGCUUUGUGAGCAGUACUACCUGGGCGCACCGGAGCUGGAGCUGAGGGCAAUGAACGCCAACAAUGCCAGGGAGCCAAUCCAGAUCUCUUAUAUCCCAUCACAUCUCUACCACAUGCUGUUCGAGCUCUUUAAGAAUGCCAUGAGAGCUACAAUUGAGACCCAUGAAGCCAGCCACAACCUCCCACCCAUUAAAGUGAUGGUGGCCCUUGGCGGAGAGGACCUGUCAAUCAAGAUGAUGGACCGGGGAGGUGGUGUCCCAUUAAGGAAGAUUGAAACACUGUUCAGCUACAUGUAUUCCACAGCUCCCAGACCAGACUUCGGGGACAAUCACCGGGCACCAUUGGCUGGCUUUGGCUACGGGCUCCCCAUAUCCCGCCUUUAUGCUCGUUACUUCCAGGGAGACCUGCAGUUAUACUCAAUGGAAGGCCAUGGCACUGACGCCGUAAUUCACAUGAAGGCGUUAUCUACAGAUUCGGUGGAGCGGCUUCCUGUGUUCAACAAGACGGCUCUGAAACACUACAAAGUCAGUCUGGAGGCAGACGACUGGUGUGUCCCCAGCAAAGAGCCUCUGGACAUGGCCGUGUACAGAGUCGCCAAGUGAGCCCAGGCAGUUCAACUGGCUUCCUCAGAGGACAGAGGGAAAAGGGCAAAAUCAAAAUGGGACCUAUCACCUAGGUGCCCGGUGGGGGAGAGACACAUCGUAACCAAUCCCGGAGGGAGUCGAGAGGCGAAGAAGCCCCGAUUGGACAGCUUUAGGGCUGCUUGAGGUUUCCUGUUUCAGGAAGUUAGAAAAUCCACUUCCUGUCCCAACUAAAGUUACAUUUUUAGGGGGGCCGGUGGGUUAGGCAAGGAAGGACUGAAGGAUGCCCGCGUCCAACCUCAUUAAUGUUCACAGCUGACUGUAGCUCUAAAACAACCCUGCUCCUAAACCUGCCUUAUGGCACUGUGGGUCGUUUGAUGUCAAUUUUAUCCACGCACAUAACACUGUUGCUGGGAGUCUCUAGCCUCAGGUACAGCACUUGGAUUUUGGGGGCUGAUAGAGGCCAGAUCCGGAAUUGGAAAGUGGUUAGCCCCGGGGAGGGAAAUAUACUCUGGCAAAGAUAGAUGGUCACUGUAGGAAGAAAGUGAAAGAUCUUGUUUGAGUAGAGCAUGGAGUUUCCGGGAAGUAUGUAGUGACAAUUGGGUUCAUGGAGGAAAAGCCAUUUAGUGUGUGGAGAGUUUCAGCGGAAAAAGUCGGAUAGUAUGAAAAGCUUACUAGUGUAUGGAGGAGAAACUCUAGCAGGUAAACAUGAUGUUGCCUUGUUGGCACCUCCAUUUGUUUGUUAGAGCAGCUAUGUCCAGUUAUAACCUCAGUUUGAAGUUAUAGCAAUAAAACUCCUCUACUGUAUCAUAUAAUGGAGUUAGAGUUCAUUAAACUCUAAAACAAAUUAAUUUUUGUACACUGUGUACCACCAAGAUAUGAGAGACUCAAAGAAAAAACAUCCAGAGCUGAUUUCACAGACACAGAGUAAGCCUAUUUUCACAGACACAGAGACAAAUAUUUUAAAACAUAAUGGAGUUGUCAAACAUUUAAAGCAUAAUGGAGUUGUCAAACAUUUAAAGCAUAAUGGAGUUGUCCAACAUUUAAAGUUCACAAGUGUCUUUUCCUAAGUGGACCACAGUUAAAGCAUAUAACCUUGUUCAAGAAAUUCUUGAUAAUACAUGCAGACAAACGAUUGUUCAUAUGCAUUUGCCAAUGACUCAUUAAAUUCCUUUAUCACAUAUGGACCUACUAUUGUGUACUUAGGCUGGUUGAGAAGAAAAAUCCUAUGCAACCUUGUUUACAUUCCUUCUGCUUGAACAAAAAUUUCCAAAGCGAAGGCGUGUAGAGACAGCCAGUAUUUUGUUUGCCUGUGUGAAAAGCUUGAUGUACAUGUAGAAGUGGAAGAAAAUGUAGAGCUUGCAACUCCUAAGAUGGGCCACUGCAAUAUGACUGUAACUGCCUGGACUGAAGUGAUUGUCUUGCGGUCUCAGUGGGGUGAACACUGAUGGUCCAGUUGUGAACCUGCAUAGUUUUAAGUGAUCCAGUUGCUCAUAAUGUAGCCAGGAAGCCAGUUUGGUUUGUGUUGUACUGUACUUGAAUUAACCACAAUGUACAUUUCAAAGAUCUUCUAUUUUUUAUGAGAAAGAAAAACAAAUUAUGCAAAAUAAAUUGUCAUAAAGUUU